CAGAGCAGUCCAGGCAGCGCCGUAGCAACGACGAGCAAAAGUCGCAAACCUCGUGGCAGGCAGUGGUGCUGUGCUGCUGCUGCUACGCAUCGUCACCUUUCGCGCUUUACCGCAAUGCGUAAGUACCAGCAGCUGGCGCUGGUGCUGCUGUCGGUAACCUGCGUCGUGAUACUGCUGGUGUACAAAAGCGAAAACAACCGGCUCAAGUACGUGCUCGAGGUGGUCAACAUAUUCGGGCGGAACGAUGCGGCCAGCCUGAUACGCAUCGAUAACAGCACCCGGUUGCACAGCUCUCCGUACGAUUUCGACAGUCCGCUGCCGGCCUGGCAGCGGCUCGGCGAUGGCUUUUACGUGUACUCGUCGUUCUGGCAGAAGAACGAGCUCUCCGCCGGCGGCACGGUCAUCAGCAUAGCGGUCGGGCUCGAGCAUGCAGCGGUCAAUUUCAAAUGCCAAAUACAGCACGGCACGGGGGAUGUUGCGACCGGCAAGCUGCAUUUUGUGCGGCUCGACCACCCUACCGGCUCGAUCAAGGCGCCCAACAAUGAGGUGUUCGUCGUGUACAAGCUGCUCUGCAAGGUGGCUCGAGAUUUCGGCCAGCCGACCGAGGUCAUAUACACCGACACGGCGCAAUCGAUCAAGCGGUACGUUCCGCUGCGGGUGCUGGAGAGCCGGUCGGUGCAGCAAAAGAUGACCAUGACGGCCUGCGUCGACAUGACCGACUAUCUCGAGCUGGAGGAAGAGUUUCGCAUGCCCUCCGCUGUGCUGCAGUACUUCCUGCACCACCAAAUAGUAGGCGUGGAAGACUUUAUUGUGUACAACAGCAAUGCGCUGAACGGUGCGACCGCUUCGCUGCUGUACAGCCACGGCAUCAAAAUCAAUCUGCUGCCGUACAACUUCCCGUUCGAUUUGGCCGACAGGCACCAGAACCGGCUGCUCAUCGAAAUGGACUGCCUGAUGCGCAACUACAAUGCGGCCAAGCUGACGUACAUCGGUGCGAUCAACGAGUAUCUCUAUCCCAGCUCCCGGCUGCGCGUCAACAACCAGUUUCUGAAGUACGCCUGGAAAGUGUCCAGCGACGUGUCGCGCUUUUCCAUCGCCAGCCGGUCGGUGUGCAUUGACAAGCGGAAGAAAAUAUUUUCCGACAACCUGCUGUACGACGUGGAUGUCGCUAUGACCAACCCAACCGAACGGCCGUUUCAAGUGUACAAGCCGCAAGACUACAACCGUACGGCUGGCACGCCGGAUUUCGUGAAAACGCUCGACGUAGACCGAUCCCUGCUCUUUGUCCAUCGGUACGGAGGGAAAUGUAGCAGCAAAACGAACCUGCACGACUGGACUGUCAGUCUGCAGCCGGACUUUCUGCAAUACGUGACGGAUGUGGGUCGCGAGCUGAACAAACUAAUCUUCCGAUAAGCUCGCCAACCUCUGUGCACCAACGGUGCCUAAGAAAAGGAACAGGAUGAGGGGCCGCGGUGAUAUAUUUGUACCUUUCCUCUAGAGGCCGCAGCAGAAUAAUGGAAGCGUACACAGCUGACUGUUAGGACGAUUCGCUCAAAAUGAUACGAGAUACUGGUGGGAGGAACGCAAAAUCACACACACACACACACCGGGAUACGGUGGUCUAGGAAGCAUUUUCGGAAUGGUUUCGAUAAGUAAGCAAUAUUCCCAUUUUCCCUGCAGCUGGGUAGGGUUUGUUGGGACGUUUCUUUACAUAAGCCAUAAGCAUUACUAAGCCUCGUGGUUUAGCAAUUCGUUUUCUGUCGCACUAAGCUAAAUAUCUCCUUUCGGCUCGAUUAUCUAUUACUACUAAGGGGUCACAUCUUCGUUCACCGUUCACAGGAUACAGGUUGGAUGGUUUGAGGAAUAUCAAAAAACAACAAAAAAAGCAGAAAGUAGAUGCAAAACCCCCCCAUUACAUGAUAGAUCUCGAUAGGCAAACUAUAGCUUGUAAGUAAUUUUUAGAGAGAGAAAAAAACAAGUUAGAGAUAACGUAUCGAACUCCGUGCUCAGAAAUGGUGCAGUUUUUAGCGACACUGAAGAACAAUAAUUAUUCAAUCAAUCAAAGAAACAAACAGAACUCUUCUCUUUCUUCUUAACUAAACCAAACGUAUUUGAUCUUAACGUACGGAUAUAUUGAGCAGCAUCCAAACGAUAUCAAUUUAUUCAAUAAAAGUUCAACGGAAACCUA